AUGAAACUAGGUGGGAUGCUUUUCUUCGUUCUCUGGCAUCUGGUCCUCCUGUCUGCCAGACCAUAUCUUACCGACGCCUCCGGAGGUCAGUGGCAGCUCUUGCAAAGGAACAUUGGCAUUACAGCCAUGCACAUGCAACUCCUCAACAACGACCGUGUGAUCAUUUUCGACCGCACCGACUUUGGAAGGUCUAAUAUGUCAUUACCCAACGGUAAAUGCCGCAACGACCUGGAUGAAACGGCGCUGAAAAUCGACUACACUGCCCUCUCGGCUGAAUAUGACGUCGCCUCCAAUUCUUUUCGAGCACUUUUUGUCCAAACAGACGUUUGGUGCUCCUCUGGCUCUGUCUCGCCCGAUGGCCGUCUGAUCCAAACCGACGGAUUCAAUGACGGGGAACGUAAAGUCAGAAUAUUCAAACCCUGCAGUGGCUGUGACUGGGAAGAGAUAGGCGACGGCCUAGCAGCUCAGCGAUGGUAUGCCACUAAUCAUAUUUUGCCAGAUGGACGCCAAAUCGUCAUCGGCAGGAGAAGGCAGUUCAACUAUGAAUUUUAUCCCAAGGCCAGCAGCGCAUCAAAUACAUAUAGUCUGCCAUUUCAACCGUAA